UUGAUGGAGUUUUGACGGCCAUUUUGGUUGCAAGUGAAUCGGCCAGCAUAUAAAUACGACUUAUUUGCCGAAGUUGGAUAUUCCACGAAGAAUUUCAAGUACUAAGUCAAGACUAAACAUCGCUGCAUAAACGACAACAAUGGCAGCAUCCCAACAAUGGUUUGGACGUGGAUUAGAUCAGGAUUAUGUCGACUCCAUCAACAGCUUCUGGACAGUCCUUCUAUUGGCCGUGUGUUCUGUGGGAUCAUUCGUUGUACGUUACACCACCACACCCAUCAGUUGUUGGUGUCCUGCUCAAUUCGCAGAGUCUAUGUACUCUUACACACAGGAAUCGUGUUUUCUGAACGACUUGUAUCAUAACAAGUCAGUAAUGGAUGCUGAUUACGACAAAAUAUUCCCUGCCUCUGUCCCCUCCUACCACCUCUGGAUACCACUCAUACUCUUCUUCCAAGCCCUGGCUUUCAAAGUACCAAACAUCUUCUGGAACAGCACCAAGGACUUGUUCACUUUCAAUAUGGAGGAAACUGUGGAGUCACUGAAAAGUGUACAAGUAACCAAUGCUGAGAAUCGCCAGGCCAUCUUCAGUGAUGCAGCUCGAGUAUUUGCAAGUCUGUUGAGAAGAAAUCGAAUCUUUCUGUCACUGCUGUACCUGUUCGUGAAGCUUCUGUCAUGUGUUAAUCUUGCAGGACAGUUAAUGUUCCUGACGAUAUACUUCAGACAAUACCUGGCAAUCAGGAUCGGCACCUCUGCUGGUAUUGAUAUGGACUCCAUCAUAAAGCCAUUGCUUGUAAAACAUGUUUUUUGUGUUGUUCAAGUUCGAAUAUUGCAGAACACUCAUUCCCAUAGAGUUCAGUGUUCUCUGCCGAUCACGGAAAUUUAUGAGAAGAUGUUCAUCUUCUUGUGGUACUGGGUCUUCCUCCUGGCUGUCAUCACCAUCCUUAACCUUGUGCUAUGGGCAGGAUUUCUCUUCCUUCCAUUCCUAAGAGAUGGUAGGAUAGCUGCCCACGUCAACGCUGCCAAAGGAUCUCCUCCUGACGAACACUCUAUAACCCGAUUUAUCAGCAGUUUCCUCGGGAUGGAUGGGGUACUUGUCUUAACCAUGAUGUCUCGGAAUUCCAGCGAGUUGGUUGCAGCAGGUCUUACUCAGCAUUUGUACCAGGUGUUCCGGGAAAAGGAAGAGGAAUUUAAGAACCAGCGAAACCUCUAUACGGAAGAGCCGAGAGGCGGUGUUGUCUUUACUGAAGCAACAAGAGGCAUAGCAGCAUUACCAAUGAGUGAUCUAUCCUCUGGUGCCAGACCUCCAGAGAGAGCGCCAGUUAAGUGACAACAGAACUCGUGUGUACAGUGAGUUAGUUUGCUCGAAAAUUCAAGGCAUUUCUGGCGUAUUUUUAAAACAAAUCUCAUAUGUCAAGGGCAAGAAUCUAUGGUUCCGACAAUUUUGGACACUUUAAGGAUUCAAUUGAAAUCGGGAAACAGAGAAACAGAGUCAGAGAAACAUUAUACUACUGACGCAUUAUGACAUUGGCAUGUUUGGGCCCUGGAUUUUCAUAAGAGACCCUUAAACAAACCCGUACAUGGUGUUCCCAUGCUUUCAACUUACAAUCACUCAUGUGUACGUUGUUGAUGAACUGGCUGGUUAAUUAGUUUAGUUGUCACAGUAAAAACGUCGAUCUAUGCCUGGAACUGGGUGCAUAUACAUUUCAUAUUGAUCACCAGGAUUUAUAUGAUUAAUAUAUUGUGUAAUGUGUCUAUAUUUUCUCAACAUUGGGGCAUGUAGUUGCUACACUACGACACUACCUCUAGUGUUUCUGCUUCUUACCAAUGUUUUGUUUGCAUGGCAUAACACUGAUAUUAAGGCAAAUGGGCAGCAAAUUUGGAGCCAUUUCGCUUUUAAUACCAGAUAUAUCGUAGACCGUGCCGGUUGUGCACAGUCCUUCAAUACCUCUCCUGGAAGUGCAUUGAAGACCUCUUGAAUGUCACAGGAAAUUAGAGAAUAUCUGAUAUAUAUUCGUACUUCGCCCUUAACACUAUUUACCUUUUCUCAGUGCAUAAACCUUUUCUCGCAAUGUCCAUGCAUGGUCUAAUGUACAGAGUGUCUAUCCGGAGAGUAAAAGAUGGGUGUCUCAGUCCCUCAGCAUGUCAUUGCUGUUAACUGGCAUGACGCUGUCGGUAACCUCCAUGUCAUGAUGUGCUGACUAAAUCUUACUCUGUCGUCAUUCAGCUUUGGUCCUUCUUCAGUACCUCCCAUAGGGAGGAGGGAGAUGUUGGCUCAUUGUGAGGUGAUCUCAAUAGGUGAACUGCGCUGACGAAGAACCAAAUUUGAAUAACGGCCAAGUAGGGUUUCGGUAGAAUCUUUCAAUAUUUCAGUAGAGUGGGCUAGCACUAUAGGCCACGUACGGAGCAAGCAACACCACAGAUGACUAGUUUACCUAGUUCACUUCUUUAAGUUGCCACAUUGGCCAGAAACCGCUUGUGCAAACCGAUGUGUGGUCAUAACUACAUGCCCGAAUGUUGACUUAAAGUUGUGUUAACGCUAAAAUGUCUUUGUGCAAAUGAACCAGGACCGUGAAACUCAACAACAAUUGUUUUUCCUAUUGAUUUGUCUGUCAGUUUGAAUUAUUCUUGAAGCCUCAUAGAAAUUUCACACAGGGAUUAAAAAUAUCAUUUCAAAUCACAGCUUGAUAACAAGUAAUGACUUUUUUAAUGAUAAUUUAUUGCUGCAAUAAAUGAUUAUUUCUU